GCGGGAGUGGCCCCAGAAGUUCCGUGCGUUGCGCGUCCCCAGCCCGAGGCAAAGCAGGAGAAAAUCCCGGGUUGGCGCAUCCUCUGGAGGGUGGGCAGUCGGUUUGCGCUUGGCCAGGACUCCAGGGCGGUCAGGCGCCAGGGGGCGGGGGCUGCGGGCCGGAGGCAGCGAGGCCGGGGCGGGCCCGCUGGCGCGGCAUUUAAACCCAGCUGCUGCCGACUGGGACGCACCGUCCUGUGCCCUUCUCUGUCCGCCUCGCCGCCUCCCUCGGGUGCCAGCAGGCAAAAUGCGGUCCUCCUUGGCUCCGGGCAUCUGGCUGCUCCGCACCUUCUCCAGAGACAGCUGGUACCGAGGCUUCAUCCUGCUGCUCACCUUCUUAAUUUAUGUCUGCUUUCACAUGUCCAGGAAGCCCAUCAGUGUGGUGAAGAGCCGUUUACACCAGAACUGCUCAGAGAUAAUCCAGCCCCCCAAUGCCACCCACGAUGCCAACGACACCACGUGGUGCAACUGGUCUCCGUUUGACCAGAACAACUACAAGGAGUUACUGGGGGGCGUGGACGAUGCCUUCCUUGUGGCCUAUGCCAUCGGCAUGUUUAUCAGUGGGAUUUUUGGGGAGCGGCUGCCCCUGCGUUAUUACCUUACGGCUGGAAUGCUGCUCAGCGGCCUUUUCACCUCACUCCUGGGCAUGGCAUAUUUCUGGGACAUCCACGAGCUCUGGUACUUUGUGGUCAUUCAGAUCUGUAAUGGCCUCGUCCAGACCACGGGCUGGCCCUCGGUUGUGACCUGUGUUGGCAACUGGUUUGGAAAGGGGAAGCGGGGCUUCAUCAUGGGCAUCUGGAAUUCCCACACAUCCGUGGGCAACAUUGUGGGCACCCUGCUCGCCGGCGUCUGGGUGAGCGGGCCCUGGGGCCUGUCCUUCGUGGUGCCAGGCAUCAUCAUCGCCGCCAUGGGAGUCUUCACCUUCCUCUUCCUCAUUGAGUACCCAGAAGAUGUGGACUGCAGCCCCCCUCAGCACCACGGUGAGCUGGAAGAAAAUCAGAACAACCCCGAGGACCCUGGGAGUAACCCCUACUCUCACCAGGAGCGCAGCCUGGAGGCGGCGGGAUCCUCCAAGGAGCCGAGCGCUCAGCCGGCUGCCAUCAGCUUUUGGGGGGCACUCAUGAUCCCGGGCGUGAUCGAGUUCUCUCUGUGUCUGCUGUUCGCCAAGCUGGUCAGCUACACCUUCCUCUACUGGCUGCCCCUCUACAUCUUCAACGUGGCUCAGUUCAGCUCCAAGGAGGCAGGGGACCUGUCCACGCUCUUCGACGUCGGCGGCAUCAUGGGCGGCAUCCUGGCAGGGCUCAUCUCCGACUACACCAAUGGCAGGGCCACCACCUGCUGCAUCAUGCUGAUCUUGGCUGCCCCCCUGCUGUUCCUGUACAACCACUUUGGCCAGAACGGGAUCACCAUCACCAUAGUCAUGCUGGUCAUCUGCGGGGCCCUGGUCAACGGCCCCUACUCGCUCAUCACCACUGCUGUCUCAGCUGACCUAGGGACUCACAAGAGCCUGAAGGGCAACUCAAAGGCACUGUCCACUGUCACGGCCAUCAUCGACGGCACCGGGUCCAUAGGCGCGGCCCUGGGGCCCCUGCUGGCCGGGCUCAUUUCCCCCAUGGGCUGGAACAACGUCUUCUACAUGCUCAUCUCCGCAGACAUCCUGGCCUGCUUGCUCCUCUGCCGGUUGGUGUACAAAGAGAUCCUGGCCUGGAAGUCAGCCCUGAGCAAAGAUACCGGGUAUAAAGAAAUAUGAGGCCCUGGAUGAAAAGAAGCACAGAAGGCCCCGCCUGAGUCCCCAAGUGCUCCCCCGGGCCAGACAGCCCAAGUACCACAGACUGCUGCGGCCAAGCCCGCUGAUAGGACGCCAGCCAGCCCAGCGCUGCGCUCAGGGCCGCUUGGGGGCUGGGGGAGCCUCUGCAGGAAGAGGAUGCCAGGCAGAGGGACAGGCUGGAGCUGAGGGACAGCGGUGCCUCCGUCCGGUGGAGGGAAACAUCUGCCCAGACCCCUGCUGCUUCACAUUCCAGGACAGAAGGCAGAGGCUGCAGGGCCGGGGCCCCGAAAUGGCCCAGCUGUCCUUUCUGUGUGAAGUCUGAACACCUUCCCAUGGGGCUCUGACCCGAUUGCGGGGCUACCCAGGCUCUCUUCAUCCCUUGGUCCACCAGCCAUUCUGUCCCUGUUUGAUCCUACUUCUCACUCCUGACCCGCCUGGGUUAAAGGAAGGGCUGUCUGUAUCCUCUGGGGUCAGGGUGAGGGGGGAGCUGGAGCCCUCACUUUGGGCCGGUGCCUGUGCCACCCCAGAGAGUGAGGGCCUCCCCGGCUCCCUGCACCUCCUCCCGCCCACCCUGCUCCUGCCCUCCACGUCUGGAGCAAAGACAACACCUGGAGGCAGUGCUGAGGGGUGGGGAGCCGGGGCCAGGACUGAAAAUACCAGUUUGUGUUAUGUAUGAUAAAAACACCAG